AUGGUGGCCGAAACUAAGCUCUACGAUGCCUUGGGUAUCCAGCCCACGGCAUCGCAGGACGAGAUCAAAAAGGCCUAUCGCAAGGCCGCCCUGAAGCACCAUCCAGACAAGAACAAGGAUGACCCCAAAUCAGCUGAGAAAUUCAAAGAUGUCUCUCAAGCCUACGAAGUCCUCUCCGACCCCGAGAAACGCAAGGUCUAUGACCAGUUUGGCCUUGAGUACCUCCUCCGUGGCGGUCCCGCCCCGUCUCCUGGCGGUGGUGGAGGUGGUGCCGGCGGUAUGCCCGGAGGCUUCAACUUUGGCGGGAUGCCAUCAGGCGGCGGUGGCACGCGCACAUUCCACUUCUCAACCGGUGACGGUGGCGGUGGAUUCCGCUUCAGCAAUGCGGACGACAUCUUCCGAGAGUUUGCUAAGGCCGGCGGUGCUGGAGGUGGUGGUGGUGGCGGCGGCGGCGGCAUGGGCGGAUUUGACGACGAUAUUUUCUCAAUGCUCGGCGGCGGCGGCGGCGGCUUCCGUAGCCGCCCAAGUGGAGGUGGUUUCACGUCAAAGGCUAACCGUGCUCCGACGCCAGAGCCUACCGUCAUCGAGAAGGACCUGCCGCUGACACUGGAGGAGAUCUUCAAUGGAACCACCAAGACCGUGAAAGCUAAGAGCAAGUCGUUUGAUGCGAGUGGUAGGCGCACUGUGCAGGACGUGCCGCUAGAAGCUGUCAUCAAACCCGGAAUGCGCGCCGGGACCAAGAUCAAGUACAGGAAUAUUGGAGACGGCGAAGAAGGAGGCCGACAAGAUAUGGUCCUGGUGGUGAAAUAUCUCGAUCACCCGGACUUCAAGCGUGAGGGCGACAACCUCAUCACAACCGUUGAUCUCAGCCUCAAAGAAGCCUUGACUGGCUGGGAGCGCAUCGUUCGGACCAUCGAUGGAAAAUCGAUCCGCGUCUCCAAACCUGGUCCCACACAGCCCGGCCACGAGGAACACUACCCAGGCUGGGGCAUGCCGAACUCCAAGAAGCCUAGCGAGCGGGGCGACCUCGUCGUUCGCGUAAAGGUCACGUUCCCGACGACGCUGAGCUCCGAGACAAAAGCCAUCCUCAAGGACCUCCUGCCCUAA